CGGACGCCGUGGGGGGCCCCCUCCUCCCAUCCCCCUCCCGCAGACCCCGCCGCGGGGGGCGAGGUGCCCCGGGCACGGGGAGGGGGCGUGCGCGCCGCCUCCGCGGGGCCCCGGGAGCGCACGCCUCCGCCUCGCCGGCCCCGGGCAUGGACAGCAGCCGCAGGCGCGCUGCGCGGAGCCCUGGGGAGCGCAGCGGCCCCGGGCAGCCCCGAGGCUGAGCCCGAGACAAAGGCGGCAUCCGGCAGGGAAGGAGCCGGGAGCGCCGCCCGCACCUGGCUGGCCGCCGGGCUCGCCCCCCUCGCCGUGCCCUCCGCCGGGCUCUCCACGCCGAGCCUUGGGAACUUGCCUGGUGGUGCCUAAGAGCUCCCCUAGGGAAGGCGAGCACCGGAGGGGUGGUCCCGGCCCUCGCGGGGCUCUCUCCAAGUUUCCGAGCCCCCAGCCGGGAAACCUCAAGCCCGUGCCCAGCCGGGGCAUCGGGGCUCUCGGACCCCCUCCGCAGCCCAGCCGAGCCAGCACCGCGAGCAUGAGCGGCGGCGGGGCCGGGCGGGGCGAGCCCCGGAGGCCGGGCUGGGCCGGGACCCUCCUGGGCACCGGGGAGCUGCUGCUGCUGCUGUUCCUAUGUCUGGGCCCCCUGAGCUGCAGCGGGGUAGCCGGGGACAGCGAAGUCAACGCCGAGAACUGGCUGCGUUUCUAUGGCUACCUCCCCCAACCCAGCCGCCAGAUGUCCACCAUGAGAUCCGCCCAGAUCCUGGCGUCUGCCAUCUCUGAGAUGCAGCGUUUCUAUGGCAUCACCGUCACAGGCGUGCUGGACGAGGAAACCAAAGCGUGGAUGAAGCGGCCUCGCUGUGGGGUGCCAGACCAAUUUGGGGUACGGGUGAAAGCCAACAUGCGGCGGAAGCGUUAUGCGCUCACUGGGAGGAAAUGGAACAGCCACCACCUGACCUUCAGCAUCCAGAACUACACGGAGAAGCUGGGUUGGUACAACUCCUUGGAGGCCGUACGGCUGGCCUUCCGAGUGUGGGAGCAGGCCACGCCCCUGGUCUUCCAAGAGAUCCCCUAUGAGGACAUCCGGCAACGGCGGCAGAAGGAGGCAGACAUCAUGGUGCUCUUUGCCUCUGGUUUCCAUGGUGACAGCUCCCCCUUUGAUGGUGUGGGAGGCUUUCUGGCCCACGCUUACUUCCCUGGCCCGGGCAUGGGCGGAGACACCCAUUUUGAUGCCGAUGAGCCCUGGACCUUCUCCAACACUGACCUACAUGGAAACAACCUCUUCCUGGUGGCCGUGCACGAGCUGGGCCACGCCCUGGGGCUGGAGCACUCCAACAACCCCAGUGCUAUCAUGGCUCCCUUUUAUCAAUGGAUGGACACAGACAACUUCCAGCUGCCUGAAGAUGAUCUCCGGGGUAUCCAGCAGCUCUACGGUACCCCAGAUGGCAAACCUCAGCCUACCCGGCCCCUUCCCACGGUGCCACCCCGACGCCCAGGCCGACCUGAUCAUCGACCACCCAGACCACCACCCCAGCCUCCAGGGGGGAAGCCAGACCGGCCCCCCAAACCAGGGCCUCCUAGCCAGCCACGAGCCACAGAGCGACCAGACCAAUAUGGCCCCAACAUCUGUGAUGGGAACUUUGACACUGUAGCCAUGUUGCGAGGGGAGAUGUUUGUGUUCAAGGGCCGCUGGUUCUGGAGGGUCCGACACAACCGGGUAUUGGACAAUUACCCCAUGCCCAUUGGACACUUCUGGCGGGGGCUACCCAGUGACAUCAGCGCUGCCUAUGAGCGUCAGGAUGGACGUUUUGUCUUCUUCAAAGGGGAUCGGUAUUGGCUCUUCCGUGAGGCCAACUUGGAGUCCGGUUACCCCCAGCCUCUGACAAGCUAUGGAUUGGGCAUACCCUACGACCGCAUCGACACAGCCAUCUGGUGGGAGCCCACGGGUCACACCUUUUUCUUCCAGGAGGACAGGUACUGGCGCUUUAAUGAAGACACUCAGCGAGGAGACCCCGGCUACCCUAAGCCCAUCAGCGUCUGGAAGGGGGUUCCAUCUUCACCCAAGGGGGCCUUCCUAAGUAAUGAUGCAGCCUAUACCUACUUCUACAAGGGCACCAAGUACUGGAAAUUUGACAAUGAGCGGCUACGGAUGGAGCCUGGCUACCCCAAGUCCAUCCUCCGGGACUUCAUGGGCUGCCAAGAGGAGACAGCCGAUCCCGACGCGGGGCGCCGUUGGCCCGACCUACACCGGCCGCCCUUCGACCCUAACGGUGGAGGCAGGGAGGAGCAAGAGGAGCAAGAGGAAGACGGGGCCCACCGGAGGCCCGGGGAGGAGGAACAGGAGAACGAGGUGACGGAGGAUGAAGAGGGAGACUAUGGGGACGACGGCAAGGGUGGCGGCAACCGCGUGGUGGUGCAGAUUGACGAGUACACACGGACCAUGAAUGUGGUCAUGGUGCUGGUGCCCUUGGUGUUGUUGCUUUGUAUUUUGGGCCUCAUCUACGUCAUCAUCCAGAUGCAGCGGAAAGGUGCUCCCAGGAUGCUUCUGUACUGCAAGCGGUCCUUGCAGGAGUGGGUCUGACCUCCGCCCGUCCAUCGCCACCCCGCCCCCACCCCUCCCCACACGGUGCUAACCCAUAGACGUGUAUGUAUAUACUGUGAUUGUUGAUGACUUCUGAGAUACUGACAUUGAUCUCUGUCCAUGGAUGUGGGUGUGUGCUCCCUGCUGAUGCAUCACCAGGGAUUCUGAGCAUCCUUCAAAUGAAUGUUCCCUCUGCCAGCCUCAGAGGCUGACAGUGGCCUGGAGACCCCCUCCCCUCUUAACUAUUUAUACUACAAUGCCUUCCGUCCUUCCUUUUCUUUCUUCCUUUCUUUUUUCCCUCCCCCCCCCUCUCUCUCUCUCUCUCUCUCUCUCUCUCUCUCUCUCUCUCUCUCUCUCUCUCCCCCUCUCUCUCUCUCUCUCUCUCUCUCCCCUCCCUCCACCCCACCUAGUCUUACCCUAGUAGCUGGAGGUGGGCAUGCCCCCAGUUCCUCACUUUCCUUAGGGCAGACAUUUGCCCUCUCUACCCGGCUGAGCUCUUGAAUGUGUUGUCCCAUUCUGGGGUUCAGAGCAGGAAGGGCCCGCAGUGAUCAUCUCACCUCCGCCCUUCCUUUACAGAUGAGGCCACUGAGGCCCAUUGGGGAGUGAGUGGCAGGCCCUGGUUUGAACCCAGGUGUUCUGACUUGAAAUCCUGCCCUCCCUCUACUCCGCCUGUGUGAGAAUCAAGGUCCUGUCCAGCUCCUCAUCCCUCCUUUCCCGUCUCAGGGCUGGCACAGGAGCCGGGGCUGGCACAGGAGCCAUGGAGGCUGAGAGCCCUUCCCGGCUCUGCCACUGCCCUGGGUUCCUGGGGAGGGCCUCCUUCCUUCGCUCAUUGUGGGCUGAUAUUCAAGGAUCCAAGAGGCCAGUCCAGGUGUCUUUGUUUGCGUUGGAGACCAGCUGCUUAGCCAGGCAGGGAGCCCAAGGGAGUCUGCCGGAGGAAAAAGCCUUGGGUUGAGUAGUUCCCCUAGGCCUGGGAAAUCACCCAGCCCUGAAUGGGUCCCACUUUGGGGUGGGAGGGCAUGACUGGAUGUUCCCGGUGGCCUCUCCUGGCUCAGCAGAACAAAGAGCUGGGUGGAGUUAUGAACUGUAUUCCUCUGGCCCUCUGAGGUAUGAAGGCUUACUCCAUAGCAUCCAAGAUGUAACAAGGGUGGGGCCUAGCUUUGUCCUAAGUGUCACCAGAUCUACAGGGCUCUCCCCUAAAGCCCUGCCUCUCAUCCCAUGGUAGGCACCAAGGUGUCACCACCUGCCUGGGUCUGGUUCUCACCCCCCAUCACCUAAAGAAAGGGGAGAGAUGGGUGUCCAGGGGUCGUAGUAGUGAGAGAUGGGAGAGAUGCAUGAGGGAAGAAGGAUGAUGUAUCUCCCCCUCUCCAGAUUGCUACCCCAGGACCCUGACCCUGACACUGGCCCUGCAUGGCAUCAUUAGCACCUACCUAGCAAAAAUAGGUUAAGAAGGGAAGCCACCGGGGCAGCCAGGUGGCACAGUGGAUAAAGGACCAGCCCUGGAUUCAAAUUUGGCCUCAGACAUUUGACACUUACUAGCUGUGUGACCCUGGGCAAGUCACUUAACCCUCAUUACCCCACCAAAAAAAAAAAAAGAAAGAAAGAGGAAGCCACCUAGUCUUUCAGUGAGCUCUUCCCUCACUCCUCAUUUGGGGCUUAGGGAAGGGGGACAAAUGUGACAUCUUUUGGAUGUCACAAGCCCCUCCCCUCAGGCCAUCUGCUGAAACCUACAGGCCCUUUCUGAGAAUCAUGGUUCUAAAUUCAAAAGGUAAACUGCUAUAGAAUCACAAAGGAACCCAAUUCGGUUGACUAGUUAUCAGAGUUCACAACCCCUAGGCAAAAGACUACCCUAUCUCCACCCCUAUCUAGGGAAGCAUUGUCCUUUCCCCUCAUCCAUCCCCCUCGCUGAGGGUGCCUUUCCCACCUCUCAGGGGACUUUCCCAUGUGUAAGAAUUCCAGAUCUGGAUAGAUUUAGUACUAGAGGAGCGCAGUCUACUCCUAUACCUUCGCCUUACAACACAGAAGGGAGGUGACUACAGAGUUGCAGAGCUAGAAACCAAGGGAGGAUUCCAAGCCCACUCUUUCUGCUGCCAGGGAUUCUCUGCCUGGGGCCCGUGUACCCCCAAAGGGUCCGUGGUUAAAAAUUACACCUUCCUUUUCACAGACUCUUGGCUUUGCCUUUAAAAAUAGGAUUCUGGGAAGGGGCCCGUCCACAGGCUUGACCAGGCCGCCACCUGAGGGCUCCAGGGCACAAAAGAGGGUUGAAGCCCUCUAUUCCCUACCCCAAAGGUGUGCACCAGUCCCAGGGAUACAUCAUGCCUCAGACUGGGCUCUCUUUCCAUGAGGACGAUGACAGCAGCGUCCUCUGGCCAGCUCCAGCUCUGAGAGGAGAGCUUGCUUGAGCCCUCCCUGUCUAGGUUACUUGGGAGAAGUGGUGCUCUGGACCCCAGGCUGAAGCAGAAAUUCAAGGGAGGAGCUGAAAGCCGGCCUACUCGGGCCUGUCCACCCUCCUGGACGUCCUCUCAGCCAUGGUGGGAGCAGAUCUAGGGAAGGAGCUUGGGCCUGAGACUAUCCAGUCCUUUUGUGGACACACCCCUUUCUUCACGCAGGUGGUUGCUUUGGGCACCGAGUCUUGGAGCCAAGGCAUUGGCUACCUGCCCUGCAGAUGUCUUCCUUCAUCUCUUCAGGAAGUAGCAGGGCAGGGUGAUCAGGGAGAGAGGAGAGGUGUUGGGGUCCCCUGCCCACGGUGUUUGAGUUCAUAGGUCAGUCAGAGUGGGUACUACCACAGAAACAAUUUCAAUGGUCACACCAGGCUGUGGCAGCUCAGAAGGAAGCUGUCUCUAGACCUGGCAGCCUUAUGCCGUCUUCUCCUUCUCCAGGCCCGUGGGAAUGAGAGGGGAGGCUGCUGGGGUCUGCAGGGAAGGUAGAGGGGUGAUCUCAUUGGGAUGCUCCUGCUUCUGGGGCUGGAUCUGGAAAAUGGGUCACUGGGGAAAGAAGGGGAAGGGAGCACAAGAAGUCUUGAAAAAUAGUUCUUCAGUCAGCCAGCGAUGGGAAGAGCCAAGUGGAAACCCCAAACUGCUAUAUCCGCUCCCCUCCCUCCCAGAGUUCUGCCUGGUGGCUCCCACCCGCCUGCAGCUAGGGCCACACUGGGGAGGGGCCGCAGUAAUUGGGGCCAAGUCCCAGGGGGUCCUCUCCUCCUGCUUUGACCUGCUUUACAUCUGCUCCCCUCCCCCUCCCUACAUCCCCACUCCAAAGUAAACAAGAGUCUCCGGCCACUGUGGGAAACGGUACUGGGAAGCUGGACUCUCUGAUCUCUCUACUGGCUGUCUUCUCUCCCAGCUGCCCCCUCCCCAUCCUCUCUCCUUUGUUGGCCUUGGCAGAAGCUGGCCACUAGCCCCAUUCCUGGGACCAUUAAGUGAAUAGGGCACAGCUCGAAACAGCAAAUAAAAAAUCCUUUCCUGGCAAUCUCGACCCCACCCCCACCCCUUCUGGUCUUUCUCCCCUUCUAUUUUGGCCACUUUUUAACCCUAGGACAGAGGCCCAGCCCCUUCUCCCCCACCCACCCCCAAGGGUUUCCUUUUGGAGGGUACUGACCGCCUCUCUGCCCUUUACCCCAGCAGGCAGUGGGAUCCUUCAUGGGAAGGGUUAAACAGCCCCGUGUACAUUUCUGUAAAUAAUACGCAGCUUAUUAAAUUGUACAUACAGCUUCCAA